AUGUUGAGGGAGACGGAGAAAGCUUGGCAAUGGGGAUUGUCUCAGCUUGAGUACCUACCGUACCGUAAUUUCCAAUGUACGUCCAACCCAAAUGGUAUCCCAACACAAGUAUCCAACAUCUCACUCUUCCAUCAGCCACGUGAAAUGAGAACCCUACCCACCCCUCACCAAAAACCCCCACUGCAACCACGGCAUGAUAAACGAUCCAACAUUGUACGUGUUCUUCCCCUCCCCCACCCCCAUCCCCAAGCCUCUCAACCAAACCAACAAUCGCACCGACUCCUCCGCCUCGCCUCGCCUCACAUCCCAUCACCACUACCCCAACUUCACCCCAACUCUUCUAUCGGACCUUUGCCAAGAAGACAUGAAAUAAGGACCCCUCUUGCGGCAAUAUUGCGCUACAAGCCAUGCCGCCCAUCGGGCACAUAUGCACAACACAAGAGAUUGAAGUUAGCAUUCAGAAUCGGGCCGGUCCAACAGCGAUGCCAAGACGAAAGAGAAAGCCAUGGGGAGGGGAGGGCACGGCCUGCGCUGGACCCUGAGACAAUUGGCGACACGGGAGAGUCGAACGAAGCCCCCUCCUUCGCUUACAAAGAAGAGCCGAAGUGCGAGCGUGGAGGCAGAGGGUGGAAACGCGGGAUGAGUCAGCUGGGAAAGCGAUGGUAA